CAUCUACUUCAAGGUCUUCGGGUGGAUAGCAAAGGGAAGGUAAGACUGCUUAAUGGCUGUGACAAUCUGCUAAACCAUUUUCAGGCCAGAGAUGUUUAAUGAGUUCCAGCUUCCUCGGGCUUUUUCGGUAUUCUUUUUAGUGUGUUCUCAUAUAUUUUUUUUUUAAAAAUAAAUAAAGACGAAGGUGCGAAUUUUCUUCCAUGUGAAGAUUGCACAUGGCUCGAUGAGCAGCACUUUGAACCCGGUCCUGCCAAGGGCGAAUGGUAAAAUCAAGCAUACCAAUCCCGUGCUAAAGGCGGAGUUAUUUGCUGCAACGUGAUCCUUUUUUUUUGUUUUAGAGGGGGCUGUGCCCCCCCUUUCAAGGUCUGCGUUUGACAUCCGAAAAGUAUUUCCUUUGUACGACAGGAGGGUUGUAAUUUCCCACACGUAGAGAGAGACAGAGAGAGAGAGAAAUUAAUCUUUAAAUUCUCCGAGGAGGUGUCAACGCGUUCGCAUCGGGGGUCGAUCUGAUAUAAUUUUGGGUGAGAAAUAACGAGGAGCUCGUUUUGUAAAGGGGAGGGGGAUACCGAGCACGUACUUGGAUCUGGGGUUCACCGGCAGGGAUUGCGGUGGUUGGGAAGCUGUGGCCCGCAAAAGGUGUCAGAUCGCUAAGAAGAAGUUUGCGGAGGGAAAGCGGGACUCGGUUUUGUUCUCACCCCUUUUUUUUUUCGGGGGGGGGGAGGGGGAGAAAAAAAACCCUGCAAAGUGGACAUCAUGGCUCAUCUGGAAAUGGAAAAGCUGAGGAGGAGCGGCGCUGGGAAAUCCAUCGCAGUGCUGACCAGUGGUGGAGAUGCACAAGGUAUGAAUGCUGCAGUCCGAGCAGUGGUACGGAUGGGAAUCUAUGUGGGAGCUGACGUUUACUUUGUGUAUGAGGGUUACCAGGGGCUAGUUGAUGGAGCAGAGAACUUGAAGUUGGCUGAUUGGGACAGUGUUUCGAACAUCAUACAGCUGGGAGGAACGAUUAUCGGCAGCGCUCGAUGUAAAUCAUUCUGUACCCGUGAAGGGCGCCUGGCAGCAGCCCUUAACCUGGUGCAGCAUGGAAUCAACAACCUGUGCGUGAUCGGAGGAGAUGGCAGUCUCACUGGAGCCAACAUUUUUCGGACAGAAUGGAACUCCCUGCUGGCUGAGCUGGUUAAGGAGGGUAAGAUCACAGAAGAGUGUUCCCAGAAGUACACCCAUUUGAACAUUGUUGGGAUGGUGGGGUCAAUUGACAAUGACUUCUGUGGGACAGACAUGACCAUUGGCACGGACUCAGCCCUGCACAGGAUUAUGGAGGUGAUUGAUGCCAUAACCACCACUGCUCAGAGUCACCAGCGAACCUUUGUUCUGGAAGUCAUGGGCAGACACUGUGGGUACCUGGCGCUGGUGUCUGCAUUAGCUUCUGGCGCUGACUGGCUUUUCAUCCCAGAAGCCCCUCCACAGGAUGGCUGGGAGGAAUUGAUGUGUAAAAGACUUGGAGAGAGUCGCAGCCGAGGCUCCAGGCUGAAUAUCGUCAUUCUUGCGGAGGGAGCGAUUGAUACCCAUGGGAAACUUAUUAGUUCCAGUUAUGUCAAAGAUCUUGUCAUUAAAAACCUUGGAUUCGACACACGAGUCACAGUGUUGGGGCAUGUUCAGCGAGGCGGAACCCCCUCUGCGUUUGAUCGAAUUCUGAGCAGCAAGAUGGGCAUGGAAGCCAUCCUCGCUCUGCUGGAAGCCACGCCAGAGACCUCCGCCUGUGUCGUCAGCCUCUCCGGCAACCAAGCCCUGCGGCUGCCGCUCAUGGAGUGUGUGCAACUGACCAAGGAUGUUCAGAAGGCGAUGGAUGAGAAGAGGUUUGAAGAGGCCAUCCAGUUGCGUGGCAGAAGCUUCGAGAACAACUGGAACAUCUACAAACUGCUGGCUCACCAGAAGCCUGCUCCAACCAAGAGUAAUUUCAACAUUGCCAUCGUGAACAUUGGCGCUCCUGCUGCAGGGAUGAAUGCCGCAGUCCGAUCGGCAGUCAGAGUUGGACUGUCACAAGGACACAAAGUUUUUGCUGUUAGUGACGGCCUUGAAGGAUUUUCCACUGGACAGAUUAAAGAAAUGAGCUGGCGUGAUGUCGGAGGCUGGACUGGACAAGGUGGCUCACUAUUGGGCACUAAACGAACGCUCCCUGAAAAGUGCAUGGAGAAGUUGUUGGAGCAGAUCCGCAAUUUCAGCAUUCACGGCAUCCUCAUCAUCGGAGGCUUUGAGGCGUUCGUGGCUGCACUCCAGCUCACGGAGGGACGUGGACACUACGAAGAGCUCUGCAUUCCCAUGUGUGUGAUCCCGGCCACUAUCAGCAACAAUGUGCCCGGAACCGAUUUCAGCCUCGGGUGUGACACUGCUGUCAACGCAGCCAUGGAGACCUGUGACCGAAUCAAGCAGUCUGCCUCAGGCACCAAACGGCGUGUGUUCAUUGUUGAGACCAUGGGUGGUUACUGUGGUUACCUGGCCUCUGCCACGGCCCUGGCAGUGGGAGCCGAUGCCGCGUACGUCUUUGAAGAGCCAAUUAACAUUCACGAUCUGAAGGCCAAUGUGGAGCAUCUCACUGGGAAGAUGAAAACGACGAUCCAGCGAGGGCUCGUGAUCAGGAAUGAGAAGUGUCACCAGUAUUACAACACGGAAUUUCUAUACAACCUGUACUCCGCAGAGGGCAAGGGCGUCUUUGACUGUCGCACCAAUGUGCUCGGUCACAUGCAGCAGGGAGGUGCUCCAACCGCAUUCGACAGGAAUUUUGGAACUAAACUGGGUGUGAAGGCUGUGUUGUGGCUGACUGACACGAUGAAGGAGACCUACAAGAAAGGGCAAGUCUUUGCUAACUCUCCGGAUACGGCCUGUGUCCUAGGGAUGGACAGGAAAGCUCUAGUCUUCCGGCCAGUGACACAACUGAAGGCAUUAACUGACUUUGAGCACCGGAUGCCGAAGGAGCAGUGGUGGCUGAAGCUGAGACCUUUGCUGAAAAUGUUAGCGAAAUACCAGACCCACUUCGAUGACUACAUCACGGGCCAAAUUGAGCACGUUAACCGGCGUAGUCUCAGUGUGGAGUCUGGCUUCUGAGGAGGUGCAGCAUCUUACAAAAGGCAUGAGGCCUCAUCACCAUGUUUUAAUUUCAUUUGAUAAAUCAACUUCAGAUAGAAUGGCUUUGAAUUCAGGGCCACCCACUUCACUGUGAAUAGGACGGCAUCAGAUUUCAUCCAUAGCAAACAAUGGGUUUGUGCAUGUUGGCAUCAUCUCUCUCUCCUCUCGCUCUCUCACUGCUAAGGGAAAGAUGGAACGAGAGAGAGUCCCAUCUCUUUCCCUGCCCCCCAGUCAUGAUCCAGAUCCUCACCUCUUGACCCAAAAUUGGAAAUAUGGAUAACCUUGGUCACCUAUCCUGUGGGGGGCACAGCUUGAUAGAGUACUCUGUGCCAAACUGCUCUUACGUCUAAAGUUGAUUUAUCUGGGCAAUGUAAAACGUGGUGACGUAUUUUAACUAUUGACUCCAGUUAACUAUUCUCUGUCGUGUAGUGCAGUAACUAGAAUGUACCCAAUCACUUACCUAUAGCAGCUGACUCGUGUCACAACUGUAACAAUUCCUACUCCCAUUUCUCCCAACAAGUGACAUGACGUAGUGGUUUUACCUUAAAGGAGCAGCAAUAUUCUCCAAGGUGAUGAGAAUGGGUAGCCUACCUCAAAGCCAGAGUUCAAGUGCAAGUAACCCCGCUUCAUGGAAACACAAGAGCGGAUCUUCAACACAUACCUGGGACCCAGUGUUUUUAGGAAGUGAUCCCAUCGGGCUGCUUAACUCCCGAAUUCCAUUGUUGGCAUGCCAUGAGCCCGCAUGCGCUUGGGUUUCUGUGGGAGUCGGUGGGGCGAUGUCUGCUACUUGCAGCAUUGGGGGAGGUGGAAGGGUCUUCACUGAAAUCCCAAUCCUCUUGUGUGCAAUCUUGGCCCAAGUGACUUCCAAACCCCUUAAAUUAUUAUUGCAUGGUUUUUGUGAUAAAAGUCCUGCAUUGGGCUCGUAAAUCCCACAGAUGGUCCUCCCUUCAAGUAAUGGGGUCACUGUUAUUUUUAAAAAAAUAGGUAGAUAGACUUGUUCCUAAAAUAAUGCUAAACGUACUGCAAAGCCAUACUUUUGUAAGAUUUUACUGCAGAGAUUAAUGGACCAUCCUCUCGGGUGGCUUUAUCAUGUGCUAAAAAUUGAGUGACUCUGCUGAAGAGGUUAACAGUUUAACGGUCAGAAUCAAUGGCAGAUGUUUUAUAGUGUGGUGAGAAGUUGGGGGCUCCCUUCAGUACCCAGCAUUUGAGUUCUGAUGGCUCAGCAAGAUUAUCCAGGCUCCAGGGCUUUCUAUGCAGCAAGAACAUGGAAUCACAAAGCUGCCCAGUUUGACGUACUACCUGUACCACUCUGUUUCCAGGGGAAAAUAGCAGGGAGGUUCCUGACUUCUCUAGAGAGCCCCGAUGGAGGUGUAUGUGCCAAGUAGUUGGGUGAGGACAUGUUUGAGCCAGGCAAUGGUGCCCCUUGCAGUCAAUCUCGCUAUUGAGCUUCGCACAUAAAUAACACCUACUCACUUGGCCAAGGAGGGCAGGCAGGGCCUGGGGAAUCAUAAGACAAUAAAAGGAAAAGUGUCCGAAAACAUUCAGGAGAAGAGCCAGACUGGAGAAAUUAGUGAGGGAGAAUAUUAAGCACUUUAUCAAAAAUCAUCCACAAUCCUGACUUUGUCCCUUUUUGAAGGAACACUUACCUUCCUAAAAAAGAACUUGACGUGUGUUCUUUUAAGGGAAGGGGGAAAAGAGCCAGGCCUCAUUAAAAUGUUGUGCAGCAAUGCAUUUCAUAGUGUGUUUGGCAGUGUAUCCCAGGUUUGGUCACUGCCCCAUUUUGCCACUAAUCAAUGCUGACGUUGCGGUUUUAAAUGUUGACUGUUGGUGCUCAGUUGGCAGUAUUGCUGUGGGGUGAAGCCGAGUGCUGGCUGAAACCCCCAGCACUUCAGGAGUAAGGGGAACCAAGUAAAAGUCACCGUCCAGCCAAUGAGAGACGAGAAGUACUAUUUAACGGGAGUGGCUU